UCCCUGUCAUAUAUCGCCCGAUCUCUCCCAUCUGCACAACAUGUUUAAACUCGCGAGAUCAAGCGGCCGGCAAUUCACAUCUGCGCUGAAAAGUGCUAGCCAACAAACCCAGCGUCGCAAUCUCGCCGUUCACGAAUACCGAUCUGCACAGCUAUUAGAGUCAUACGGAAUCGGCGUACCAAAGGGAAAUGUAGCACACAACGCCAAGGAGGCCGAACAGGUCGCCAACAGCAUCGGUGGUGAGGACAUGGUGGUCAAAGCACAGGUUUUGGCAGGAGGACGAGGAAAAGGUCACUUCGACAAUGGUUUCAAGGGCGGUGUCCGAGUCGUCUACAGCCCGCGUGAGGCCUCCGUCCUCGCCGAACAGAUGAUCGGUCACAAGCUCAUCACCAAGCAAACCGGUGAGCGCGGACGGAUCUGCAACAGCGUCUACAUCGUCGAGCGCGAGUACGCACGUCGGGAAUUCUACCUUGCCAUCCUCAUGGACCGUGCGACACAAGGACCGGUCAUCGUCGCCUCAAGCCAGGGUGGUAUGGAUAUCGAGACCGUCGCCAAGGAGACCCCGGAAGCCAUUCUCACCACCAAGGUUGACAUCAACAUUGGUGUGACCGACGAGAUGGCCACUAAGAUCGCCACCGACCUUGGUUUCAGCAAGCAAUGCAUCCCCGAUGCCGUUUCCACCAUUCAGAAGCUGUACAAGGUGUUCAUGGAGAAGGAUGCCACCCAGAUUGAGAUCAACCCCCUCAGCGAGACGUCCGACCACAAGGUUCUGUGCAUGGACGCCAAGCUCAACUUCGACGAUAACGCCGAGUUCCGUCAAAAGGAGGUCUUCGACUGGCGCGAUCCCUCGCAGGAAGACGCGGACGAGGUCAAGGCUGGCGAAGCCGGACUCAACUUCAUCAAGCUUGAUGGAGACAUCGGCUGCUUGGUCAACGGAGCCGGUCUCGCCAUGGCGACCAUGGACAUCAUCAAGCUCAACGGCGGCUCACCCGCCAACUUCCUCGACGUCGGCGGAGGAGCCACCCCGGAGGCGAUCAAGCAAGCCUUCGACCUGAUCACCAGCGACCCCAAGGUCACCGCCAUUUUCGUCAACAUCUUCGGCGGAAUCGUGCGCUGCGACGCCAUCGCCAAGGGCCUGAUCUCCGUCGUCGAGAGCAUGAACCUGCGCAUCCCGAUCAUCGCCCGACUACAGGGCACCAACGGCGAGCAGGCACACAAGCUGAUCAACGAGAGCGGCCUCAAGAUCUUCAGCAUCGAUGACCUGCAGACUGCGGCGGAGAAGAGCGUGCAGUUCAGCAAGGUCGUCAAGAUCGGUAAGUCGUCCGAAUUACCCCCUUCUCUCAUCACGUCCUUAUUCAUCUGAUCAUUUCACUAACAUGACUUCCUUUCCUACAGC